GCGUGUGCCACAAGCCCGGCUGCUUAUACAGACAUGAGGAGGGAUAUGAAUCAGCACCCGCGGACCGUAACUUGAACACGUUUUCGAAUGUUCAUUCGGAAGAGAUUGUAUCACAAUCUCAGGUGUCCGGAUCUGCAUCACCUUCGCAUGAACCUGGUUCACCCGUCUGGAACGGUUCUCCCUACAACAUUUUUGAGGAUCUGCGUACCAUUUCUAGUUCAGGGCUCUUUGGCGAAGCGCAGGCACAGAGAGUAAUGCUUCCUUCGGAACUUACCAACACCAAUCAUUCAUAUUACGAAGCAAGGACUGAUCUUGUUUCUCCUUUGGGAUCGGACCCCAAAGAAACGUUUUCUCCUCUCCUGGAAGCUUUACGACAACUGCGAGGAGUGGGUAUUCACACUCCUCUGAAGUCUAUGAUUGGGGAGAAACUCAAGACGAAGAUUGGUCAUAUAUAUCAAUCGUCUGGGAUUAAAACCUUUAAGGCGUACACAGAGUUAGCUGAGAAAGAGGGCUUGAUCAUCUUGAUUCCACGUUCAAACGGUCCAGGCACGGAGAGAAUGUCUUUGUCGCAGGAUGGGUUGCGCAAAGCGGAGGAGUUGUGUCAAUCGAACGAGUAGAAGUAAUGAUGGGCGUUUCGGAUGAGGCAAUUCUCGUUAAGAUUAGAACAACACGUUCUGUGUAAUCGCGUUGAUGAUUAUGAUAUGUACUUGCAGGUAUAUGUGGUGCGGAAUUGAGAUGAAGUGGGAGUGA